ACCCAGAAGACCCUGGGGACGAGGUUGACAGGAGACCAGUUGAAUACACAAUUUAGUGCUCUACUCUAUUUUUUAGCAGAGAUCGCUAUGGCUGCGAGUCCAUCAAGAGUUGCGGUCGUCACAGGUUCCAACAAAGGAAUCGGAUUUGCAAUUGUUCGUGGACUUUGUAAACAGUUUAGUGGGACUGUUAUUCUAACAGCAAGGAAUGAGAAUUUGGGAAAAGAAGCUGUUGAUAAACUGAAAGAAGAGGGCUUAAAUCCAGUGUUCCAUCAACUUGACAUUACCUCACAAGAAAGCAUCAACAAGCUGAGGGAUUAUUUGUCCAGCACAUACAAAGGGCUUGAUUUGUUGAUAAAUAAUGCUGGUAUUGCAUACAAGGGGGCUUCAAUUGCUCCAUUUUCUGAACAAGCUGAAGUAACAGCUAGAACUAAUUUUACUGGGACUUUGAAUAUCUGUGACACUCUGUUCCCCCUUCUGCGUCCACAUGCAAGGGUUGUUAAUGUGGCAUCAUUGGCAGGGCUUUUAAAAAUCAUUCCCUCAGAAGCAAUCAAGGCCAAAUUCACAUCUCCAUCUUUGACACAGUCAGGUCUUGUCGGCUUGGUGGAGGAGUUUAUCAGUGAUGUCAAGGCAGGUGUUCACAAAGAAAAAGGGUGGUCUAAUUCAGCAUAUGGGAUGUCAAAGGUUGCUGUUAUUGCAUUGACCAAAGUCCAAGCAAGACAAAUGGAAAAAGAUCCACGACAGGACAUCCUUGUCAAUUGUUGCUGUCCAGGAUAUGUUGACACAGACAUGUCAAGCCACAAAGGUCACCUCACCAUUGAUCAAGGAGCUGAAACGCCAAUAUACUGUGCCUUGCUACCUGAGGGAUGUGGCCACUCUGGCGAAUUCUUCUCUCAGAAGAAAGUUGUAGGGUGGUAGUGCCUGAAUGACCAAUGUAUUGGAAGAAGAUAUGUAGUUACAAUUAAAUGUAUAGAGCCAAUAAAACUGCACACCCGAAGGAUGUGGGCACUCUGGUGAAUUCUCUAGCCGAAUUCUUCUCAUGAAAGUAGACAUACAGGUGCUAUUGUGCAUUUAACUGGUUACGUUUUUAAUUCUUAAAAAAAUGUAGUUAGUAAAUUGUAUAGAAGCGAGAAAAAAGUUUAAAAAUAAAAUCAACGUAAUGAA